AUGUGGGAUUUAGCUGAACCACAGACUGGACAUGGGUUUGAGUCUUCAGUGGUUUCAAGUCAGGGGAUAAGUAUGCAUGCUGGUUUUGAAGGAGAAUCCAAGCCCCAGCAGCCAAGCUACCCAUCCAAGCCCCAACAGCCCCUGCAGCCAAGCUACACAUCCAAGCCCCAGCAGCCCCAGCAGCCCAGCUACCAAAAGCCCCAGCAGCCAAGCUACUCUGAUAAGCCCCAGCAGCCAAGCUACCCAUCCAAGCCCCAGCAGCCAAGCUACCCAUCCAAGCCCCAGCAGCCAAGCUACCCAUCCAAGCCCCAGCAGCCAAGCUACCCAUCCAAGCCCCAGCAGCCAAGCUACCCAUCCAAGCCCCAGCAGCCAAGCUACCCAUCCAAGCCCCAGCAGCCAAGCUACCCAUCCAAGCCCCAGCAGCCAAGCUACCCAUCCAAGCCUCAGCAGCCCCAGCAGCCCAGCUACCAAAAGCCCCAGCAGCCCAGCUACCAAAAGCCCCAGCAGCCCAGCUACCAAAAGCCCCAGCAGCCCAGCUACCAAAAGCCCCAGCAGCCAAGCUACCAAAAGCCCCAGCAGCCAAGCUACCCAUCCAAGCCCCAACAGCCCCAGCAGCCAAGCUACCCAUCCAAGCCCCUACAGCCCCAGCAGCCAAGCUACCCAUCCAAGCCCCAACAGCCCCAGCAGCCAAGCUACCCAUCCAAGCCCCAACAGCCCCAGCAGCCAAGCUACCCAUCCAAGCCCCAACAGCCCCAGCAGCCAAGCUACCCAUCCAAGCCCCAACAGCCCCAGCAGCCAAGCUACCCAUCCAAGCCCCAACAGCCCCAGCAGCCAAGCUACCCAUCCAAGCCCCAACAGCCCCAGCAGCCAAGCUACCCAUCCAAGCCCCAACAGCCCCAGCAGCCAAGCUACCCAUCCAAGCCCCAACAGCCCCAGCAGCCAAGCUACCCAUCCAAGCCCCAACAGCCCCAGCAGCCAAGCUACCCAUCCAAGCCCCAACAGCCCCAGCAGCCAAGCUACCCAUCCAAGCCCCAACAGCCCCAGCAGCCAAGCUACCCAUCCAAGCCCCAACAGCCCCAGCAGCCAAGCUACCCAUCCAAGCCCCAACAGCCCCAGCAGCCAAGCUACCCAUCCAAGCCCCAGCAGCCAAGCUACCCAUCCAAGCCUCAGCAGCCAAGCUACCAAAAGCCCCAGCAGCCCAGCUACUCGGCUAAGCCCCAGCAGCCCAGCUACUCGGCUAAGCCCCAGCAGCCCAGCUACUCGGCUAAGCCCCAGCAGCCCAGCUACUCGGCUAAGCCCCAGCAGCCCAGCUACUCGGCUAAGCCCCAGCAGCCCAGCUACUCGGCUAAGCCCCAGCAGCCCAGCUACUCGGCUAAGCCCCAGCAGCCCAGCUACUCGGCUAAGCCCCAGCAGCCCAGCUACUCGGCUAAGCCCCAGCAGCCCAGCUACUCGGCUAAGCCCCAGCAGCCCAGCUACUCGGCUAAGCCCCAGCAGCCCAGCUACCAAAAGCCCCAGCAGCCCAGCUACCAAAAGCCCCAGCAGCCCAGCUACCAAAAGCCCCAGCAGCCCAGCUACCAAAAGCCCCAGCAGCCCAGCUACCAAAAGCCCCAGCAGCCCAGCUACCAAAAGCCCCAGCAGCCCAGCUACCAAAAGCCCCAGCAGCCCAGCUACCAAAAGCCCCAGCAGCCCAGCUACCAAAAGCCCCAGCAGCCCAGCUACCAAAAGCCCCAGCAGCCCAGCUACCAAAAGCCCCAGCAGCCCAGCUACCAAAAGCCCCAGCAGCCAAGCUACUCGGCUAAGCCCCAGCAACCCCAGCAUCCAAGCUACCCAUCCAAGCCCCAGCAGCCAAGCUACCCAUCCAAGCCCCAGCAGCCAAGCUACCCAUCCAAGCCCCAGCAGCCAAGCUACCCAUCCAAGCCCCAGCAACCCCAGCAGCCCAUGCAGCCAAGCUACCAAAAGCCCCAGCAGCCAAGCUACCCAUCCAACCCCCAGCAACCCCUGCAGCCAAGCUACCCAUCCAAGCCCCAGCAACCCCUGCAGCCAAGCUACCCAUCCAAGCCCCAGCAGCCAAGCUACCCAUCCAAGCCCCAGCAGCCCGUGCAGCCAAGCUACCCAUCGCAGCCCCAGCAGCCAGGCUACCCAUCCAAGCCCCAGCAGCGGGGCUACUUGGCAAUGUCCCAGUUCACAACAGAAACUGAUCCUUAA